UGGCCCCGCCCCCGGCCCCGCCCCCGCUUCCUGGCGGGCUGCGGGUGGCCCCGCCCCCGGCAGUGGGAGCGGGCGCGGAGGCGGCGCGGAGCGCGGGAUGGAGGCGGCGGAGGCGGCGGCGGAGCGCGAGACCCUGCUGGCGCUGCAGCUCGCCCUGCCCGAGGAGCAGUUCCAGGCCUUCAAGUACCUGCUGGAGGGGCAGAUCCCGCUGAGCCGCCUGCGCCCCGCCACGCGGCCGGCCCUCUGCAGCCUGCUGCUGCAGCACUUCCCCGGCCGGGCCCUGCGCACCGCCGGCGUCCUGCUGCGCCAGCUCUCCCGCCACGACCUCGUCCAGCGCUUCCAGCUCCCCGGCGCCGAGGACCUUCCCGGGCCCGGCGGGCCGGAGCGGGAGCCGCCGCAGGCCACCAUGGGCCCCUCCGGCGAGCAGCGCGUGCUGAAGGAGAGGGACCUGCUGCAGGUGGCCCAAAAACUGGGCCGGGAGUGGCAGGAGGUGGGGAUCCAGUGCCUGGGGCUGGAGAGGAGCCGCCUGGAGCAGAUCCGCGAGGACAACCCCAACAACGUGGUGAUGCAGAUCUUCGAGAUGCUCCGCGAGUGGCUCCGGCGGGAGAAGCGGCACGCCACGGCCCCGCACCUCCACGCCUGCCUGGCCGGCGCCAACGUGGACCCCGAGGUGCUCGCCUUCCUCCAGAGCAUCGGGGGCACCUGAGGGGCGCCGAGCCGCAGUCGGGGGGUCUGGGGGCAAAGCCGAGACCUCACCGAGGCAGCGAGGCUUCUGGCCUCCCUCGCCCGCUCUUUCCAUACGGAAAACGGAGCAGUAAAAGUCUAUUUUUCCUA